AUAUCUGUAGAUCAUCUGGAUCAUUUAUUGAACUUGGUCAGAAGAAUCAGAUAGUUAUUUACGGGCAGACUCAGCAGAACAUUAAAAAAGCACAAAGAUUACUUGAUAUUGCCUGGAAAAAGCCUGAUGAAAAUGAAAACCACUUAGUCUUAUGUAGUAAUAAGCAAGAAUCCAGUGAAUAUUGUUUCCUGCCUGUACAUGAUGUGAUGACAUUACCUAUAUAUCAUAGAAGCAUGCAUUGGCACCGUCUUGAUCCAAUUUCAACAAUGGUAUGGAGAAAUAAUAUUAUGGAUAGUAUCGGCAUUGGACCAAAUAUUCAUGAUCAACUACAUACGUUAUAUGAAGGCGAUGGCUUUUUAAAAGAUUCCUUUCAUCCUAAAGCAACGGUAACGGAUUUCAAUAACCUUGGAGAUUUCGUGAAGAAAUAUUUGAAUACAACGCAAAUAUCAAAUCCCCAAAUCGAGUUACAUUCAUUGUUUGGGCAUAUUAUUUUUCAUGAUAAAAUAAAGUCAACCCAAAAUUUAUUUACUUCACCAAUACCUGGAACUUAUACUCGCAAAAUGUUUGAAGAGUGGUCCAAAUUGACAAAUCCGACAAGAUUAUUUAUUCCUAGUCCAAAAGACAUUCGAUUAUUGUCGAUUACCAAAGAAUCCUUGCCUGAAAACAAAAAUAUUGAAAGUUUAAUUGGUCAAUGUAAAUUCAAAGGCGAUAUUCAAUGUCCAAAAGAAUAUACUUUGAAAACACAUGAUGAAUCAGCACCAAUUCCAUAUUCUUUGGAUAGUGUAAAAUUAUAUACAUGUAGAUAUUACGAAUAUAAUGGAUUUACGUUAAUUGUUAAAAAGGUUUUAGAGCAAGAAACAAAUAUCAUUAGACCAGAAGUUAAGUUAUUGUAUGUGCCAGUUACUAAUAUUCCUAAUGAACCUAAUGAAACUAAAAAUUAUUUAGAUUUCGAACAUUGGGAUAAAUUCGUUUCUUCAACUCUAGAAUUUGCUAACCUCUUAGAUUCGAAUUUCUGCAAGCAGACGAAUCAAAUAUAA